GAAUAGAAAUUGUAUAAACAAAUGAUUGAAGAAUUGAAAAUUAGGGUUUACCAAAUUGGAUUGUUCCUUGUCAUUUUUGCAGUAAUAUUCUUGGGGGGGUUUUUGAUUGAUUUUUAAAUGUCCACUGCACCACCAAAGCAUAGAUUCCAGUGUUUUUUGAGCCCUCAAUUCUCAUUUCCUGAAGUGGGGUUUCUUGAUUUUGUGCCCUCUGUGUGUUUUUUUCUCCAUUUUGAUUCUCGCUUUCUCUUUCCAUCUUUAUCUUUCCCAUAAUCAAAAAGAUUUCUUGCUUUUCCCCCUUUCUUUCACCUCUCCUUUCCAUGGAUGCCAUUGUUUCUUUUUGGAUUUUAGGCACAUUGUGUAGCUGGUUCACACAUUAAUCUUUGAAUAUUCACUUGUUUUAAAUUCUCUUCUCAAUUUUGCCUAUAAAUUAAGACUCCCCCAACCAAGGUGUUUCUUCAUAUUGCAGUUCAUCUUUGAAUUCAUUCAAGCUUCUGACGGUGGUGGUGGUGGUGGUUUUCAUUAGUGCAUUUCCUUCUCAAACUGUUUCAUAUAAUCAUGUCUAAGAUGAGUUAUUCAAGUGCUUCUAUGGGUUCUGGGAGUAGAACUGCUAGGAGGACUGUUGAAUUCGGGAGGACAUAUGUUGUGAGGCCAAAAGCAAAGCAUCAAGCAACCAUAGUUUGGUUGCAUGGCCUUGGUGAUAAUGGUUCUAGUUGGUCACAACUUUUGGAUAAUCUUCCUCUUCCAAAUAUUAAAUGGAUAUGCCCAACUGCUCCUACUCGCCCAGUGACUGCCCUCGGUGGAUUCCCUUGUGCUGCAUGGUUUGAUGAAGGAGAGCUUUCAGAAGACGGUCCAAACGAUGUGGAAGGUUUAGAUGCUUCAAUAGCUCACAUAGCAAACUUGUUAUCAACAGAGCCCUCUGAUGUUAAACUUGGUAUCGGAGGAUUCAGUAUGGGUGCUGCAUGUGCUCUUUACUCUGCAGCUUGUUUUGCUCAGGGAAAAUAUGGAAAUGGCAACCCGUACCCAAUUAAUUUAAAGGCUGUCGUUGGAUUGAGCGGGUGGCUUCCUGGUGCACGGAACUUAAGGAACAAGAUAGGAGGAUCAACCGAUGCUGCAAGACGUGCUGCUUCGUUGCCCAUUUUGCUCUGUCAUGGACUCUGUGAUGAAGUAGUCCCAUACGGUUACGGAGAGAGGUCCUCCCAGAUGAUGAGUUCAGCUGGAUUCCGAUAUGUUUCAUUCAAAAGCUACGAGGGGCUUGGUCACUAUACGGUCCCUAAGGAGAUGGAAGAAGUGUGUCAGUGGCUAAAUGCAAGGCUUGGAGCCUGAGAUCUAUCGAAAUCUUGAUCAAGUUUUACGCGUAUGGCAACGGCAGGGAAGAGCAAUAACCCAAGAAUGACUAGAGAAUUACACGGAUUUUGAGUUGGGAGAAAUAAGUAGAGCUGUAGAGGGGCUUCGGUGGCGAUUGGAUGGUAUACAUAUAAUAUAUAUAACGUUGUUUUAUAAGUUCGUUGUUAUAAAAUAAAGAAUUUCGGGGGUCGGGUGUCGGGAUUAUUGGUUCUUAGAUGGGAAUUUGUUGUUUGAUAAUUUGAGUUUUGGGAUUUCAUUAAGAUUGUAAUGUGAUAUUGACUUUAGAUGGUAAUAGCCUUUUGUUUGU